AUGGCAGCCCGGGCUCCUGACACAAGGUUGUUGACAAAGUUCUACCAGCACAUCCUUGCUUUGGUCUUUGCUGUUGAUGAGAUCAAUGGGAAUCCCAGGAUGUUGCCCAAUGUCUCUCUCGGUUUCCACAUCUAUGACAGCUAUUAUGAUUCCAAGUUGACCUACCGAAACACUCUGGACUUGAUCUUUAAAUCACAUCACUUUGUUCCCAACUACAGGUGUGGCAUCCAGAAAAAUGUAAUAGGAGUCAUUGGGGGACUUAGCUCUGAUACUUCCUGGUGCAUGGCAAACGUCUUAGGUCUUUUCAAGAUUCCACAGAUUUCAUAUGGUUUAUUUGAACCGGCCAUAAAUGAUGGAACCAAGUUCUCUUCCUUUUAUCGCAUGGUCCCCAAUGAAGACCUUCAGUAUCAGGGAAUUAUCCAGUUACUUCUGCAUUUCCAAUGGAAAUGGGUUGGGCUCGUGACUACAGCUAAUGAAGCCGGUGAACAUUUCUUACAGACAAUUGAAGCCAAGUUUUUCAAGAAUGGAAUCUGUUCAGCAUUCACAGAAAGAAUUGAACUCAAUCUGCAUUUUAAUGGUAACUUUCUGGAAAUGGUGGACGACACAAGGAUUUUGUUACCAACUUUCACAACCAGCAAAGCCAAUGCAGUUCUGCUCCACUCAUUCCUGCAGAGAAUCUCAUUCAACAACAGUGUUGGGGAUGAAAUUACAUUAAAUGAAUAUGGAGAAUUAGCAGCUGGCUUCGAUAUGAUUAACUUGGUCACGUUCCGAAAUGGAUCAUAUGUCAGGGUCAAAGUGGGAAGGUUGGAUCCUCAGGCCCCUCCUGGCAAAGAGUUCACCAUUAAUGAGGACAGAAUCAAAUGGCACAGAGACUUCACUCAGUAUGGAAUGUCAACACAGACAUGUGAUGAAAACAAUCACAUAUCCAACAACGGAGGAAUGAAAUCCCAACACCCAGAACAGUUUUGCUGCUAUGAUUGUGAUCAAUGUCCAGAAGGAAUGAUUUCAAAUGAGAAAGACAUGGAAACAUGUGUCAGUUGUCCAAGAGAUCAAUAUCCAAACAAAGACCAGGAUCUAUGCAUUCCUAAGAUUCCAAACUUCCUAGCCUUGGAUGAAACCCUGGCCAUUGUUUCAACUUCCUCUACACUUUUAUUCUCUCUGAUCACAAUUCUGGUGCUUGGCAUCUUCAUCAAUCAUCGCAAUACAGCCAUAGUCAAAGCCAACAACCGAAGCCUCACCUAUGGUCUCCUUAUCUCCCUCCUCUUGUGUUUUCUCUCUUCUUUGUUGUUCAUUGGAAAACCUGAUAAGGUGACUUGCCUUCUCCGACAAACUGCUUUUGGCAUUGUCUUCUCUGUGGCCCUCUCCAGCAUCUUAGCCAAAACCAUAUUGGUGGUUUUGGCAUUUAUGGCUACCAAACCUGGAACUAAUAUGAGGAAAUGGGUAGGCAAAGAACUGGCUUAUUCCAUUGUGUUUUCCUGCUCCAUUGUUCAAGUAGGAAUCUGUGUCCUCUGGCUGGCAACCUCUCCCCCAUUCCCAGAUGUGGACCUGCACUCAAUGACUGAAGAAAUCAUAUUUCUGUGUAAUGAAGGGUCAGUCCUCAUGUUCUAUUGUGUUUUGGGCUACAUGGGCUUCCUGGCCACUGUCAGCUUCACGGUGGCCUUCCUAGCCAGGAAGUUGCCUGACACUUUCAACGAAGCCAAGUUCAUCACCUUCAGCAUGCUGGUCUUCUGCAGCGUUUGGCUCUCCUUCAUUCCAACCUACCUGAGCACCAGAGGAAAAUACAUGGUGGCCGUGGAGAUCUUCUCCAUCUUUGCUUCUGGUGCUGGGUUACUGGCUUGCAUUUUUGCCCCUAAAUGCUACAUUAUUGUGAUGAGGCCUGACCUGAACAACAGAGAGCAGCUAACACAAAGAAAGGUUUAA